ACAAAUGAACAUGUAUGAGGUUAGGUUUUGAUGUAUCGAUCGAUUGCUUGUACCGACUACUUGUAUCGUUUACGUUUCUAGUGAGAUUUGGAAUAUUUUGGACAUUUCCGAUCGUGAUCACGGACGGGUUUCGUGAAUUUAUAAACGGAUUCAAAAACAGGUGUCGCAUUAUUUAGAAAAGACAGAAAAUGGAUUAUUUCGUUGGAGAAAUAUUUGAAAUUCCUUAUUUUAAAACAGUAUGGACUACUAUCGCAUCUGUUGGAUGGUAUAUAAUUGGAAUUGCAAUCUGCGUUUGGUGGGCAUCUCCGUACAUUUUGGAAAAAUAUGCGAAUUGGAAGUUGAGAAAGAAUGAACAGGAAUAUGCAGCAAAAUAUCAUAAGAAUCCAGAUCUGUUGCGAGAAAGACUCUCAGGUCUAGAAGCUUCACGACAAAAAAUGCAAGAAGAAUAUCAUCAGAAAUGUAUGUUAGCAGAACAGGAAAGGACAGAGCAGAAAGGAAAUGCAAAAGGAAUAGCAAAAUUAAUGUUAGACAAUAAUGUCAUAGGCGAUAGACUAGGAAAGAAGAACAACGAUUCACCACCUUUUACAGAGAAGAAACACAAAUCUAUAAGGGAGGAAUACAACCCACUAAUGGGCGACGGUUCUAGAGGAUAUCGACCCCCUAAGCGCACUUGUUGCGGAAAGGGUAGUUGCGGGUAAUUACAUGUAAGCGUAAAAACUAAUAUAAUUUCAUCUUGUAUUCAUGAUUCUCAAUAAGAAUACUUGAAAAAGGAAAAUCGUUUGUUUACGAACGAAAUUUUGUAAAUAAUUAUCGGUCGUUGUCUCCUGUUAUAAUAAAACUAUAAAUUUCUAAAUA